UCUGAAUGAGGGCAAUACAACACUGGUUAGGGUUUUACGCUGAUCCAGGAAUUGGCGGGCAUUUGGUUAGAAGAUGAAACCAGUGGUUGGACUGGUGGUGUCGAACAAAAUGCAGAAAUCGGUAGUGGUCGCCGUCGACAGUCUAUUCCAUAAAAGAAUCUACAAUCGCUACAUGACACAUGAUGAACAAAAUCGGUGCAAUAUUAGCGAUCGAGGAAGAAACAAGGGUUCUAGAGAAGUGAAGAGAUUUUAUUCAAGUGGAGGAACACCAAAAGAAUGGAGAAGUUCCUCAACACUAUAUGGCUAUCCAGUUAUGGGGCAAGUUCAGAAGCAAAUCAUGGAUGCACUUCACUUGGGCGAAAGAAAAAGGGCUUCCAGUCUGCUGUCUCAUUUUGACUACAACAAGCCUGCAUUGAUAGCGAACAAUUUCGUUCAAAUUCUUGAAUAUUGUACAUUGGCACCUGAUCCCCUGUUUGCCAUGGAGAUUUGGAGAACUAUGGAGGAAAAAGGAAUUGACAUGAACAAUGAAUGCCACACUCUUGUUAUCCUUGCCCUCUGCAAAGGUGGUUACUUAGAGGAGGCAUUCACCUUGAUGAGUAAUUAUGGGGAAACACCAGAUUUUUAUCCUACUCUGAGCAAAUAUAAUACUCUUCUGAGAGCUUCUGCUAAAAUGCGGAGUGGAACUCAUGUCAGUAAAUGUUUGGAUCUAAUGGAGCGUGAUAUGGUGGGGAAAAAUGAAGUAACGUAUGGCCAGCUCCUCAGGCUUGCAGUUUUUCAGAAAAAUCUCUCAGCAGUUCAUAGCAUCUGGAAGGAGUAUACCAGAUAUUACAGUUUCAACCUUUUUUCUCUAAGAGAAUUCAUCUGGUCCUUUUCGAGGUUGGGAGAUAUUGAUGCUGCAUGUGAAGCUUUACGGCAACUGGUGACCUUAGCUUUCCGGGGAGGAUUUAUCAUCAAGAGAAAUGCUGACAAACAAAUGCUCUUUCCAAGACUGAGUGUACCAAUACCUUUCUACAAUAAUUUGGAUUUGAGCAGAUGUAGAAAGGUUAAUAUAACCUGCGUUCCUUCUGUAUAUGAAAAUGGUAAGGAAAAGUCUACUCAGGCAAAUAGUAUGGACCAUCACAAAGUUGUGGACUUUGACUUGAAAGAAGUCAAAAGUGUUGGAAUGGUGCUAGGAAAUCCAAAAGGCAUUUUUGUUACCAAGAUCUUGAGGCUUUCCUUUACUCAUGUUAUAAAAGCUUGUGCACGAGCUAAAAACCAUAAGCUGGCGGAGCAGUUAUUCUUUCAGAUGCAAAAUCUUGGCAUCCAGCCAUCACGUGGUGCAUAUGAUGGCCUUAUUAGAGUGCUUGCUCGAACCAGAGGUUUCCAUGAUGGCAUGGAAGUGCUAAAGUUGAUGCAACAAAAGAAUCUCAAGCCACUUGAUUCAACUCUUGCAGCACUAUCUAUAAGUUGCAGUAAAGACUUGGAAUUGGAUUUGGCUGCGGCGUUUUUGAAUCAGAUGGCCAAAUGUGAAAGACCAUAUCCUUAUAAUGCGUUGCUUAAAGCAUGUGAUAUCCUGGAUACACCUGAACGUGGGGUUCAUGUAUUUGGUAAAAUGAAGCAGCUGAAAGUAACUCCAAAUAUCAAAACAUAUGAGUUGCUAUUUUCAUUGUUUGGCAACGUGAAUGCUCCCUAUGAAAAUGGAAAUAUUUUGUCACAAGCAGAAGUUGCUAAAAGGAUACGUGCUCUAGAGGAUGAUAUGAUGAGAAAUGGCAUUCAGCACAGUUAUUUAUCAAUAAGGAACUUGCUGCACGCACUUGGAUCAGAGGGGAUGAUAAGCAGGCUCUUACACUACUUGCGUGUGGCAGAAAACCAAUAUCCUCCACGAACCCCAAUCUACAACAUAGUGUUGCAUUCACUUGUUGAUGCUGAGGAGGGUGACGUGGCUAUCAAUGUAUUCAAGACUUUGAUGUCACAUGGCUAUUGUCCAAAUGGUGUGACUCUUAAUAUUAUGAUUGACUGCUGCACCAUUACCAGAUCAUUCAAAUCCGCUCAGGGUUUGAUCGCCAUGAGGAUUCGUUAUGGUUAUCCACCUAACGUGCAAACUUAUACGUCUCUUAUAAAGGCUGUGUUGGCAUUGGGAGAUUUUGAUGAAGCAUUGACCCUUCUGAACCAUGCAUGCUCGGAAGGAAUCCAAAUUGAUGCAUUGUUGUUCAACGCAAUUCUCAGAGAAGCAGCUUGGCAGGAUAGAAUAGACAUAAUCGAAUUUGUGAUGGAUCGUAUGCUGAAAGAGAAAGUCCGACCUGAUGCUGCAACCUGCGGUUACGUUUUCUCACUAUACGUUGAUCGUGGUUUCUAUAACACGGCCAUGGAGGCACUGCAAGUUAUGAGUAUAUGCAUGUUAUCCGAACAAGAUAUCAACGAAAACACAACACUUUUCGAGGAUGACUUCAUUUAUGCAGAAGAUUUGGAGGCCGAAUCAAGAGCUUUGGAACACUUCAUAGACUCCGAGCAUCAUGCCGUAGCCCUUUUGAACUUAAGAUGGUGUGCCAUGCAGGGGAACCCGAUUUCAUGGUCGAUCCAUGAUAGCUCGUGGGUCAAGAGGCUCUCGGCUGCAAACCGUUAUAGAUAAAUCGACUACUAAUUUGAGAUAAAAGACAUUUACCAACAAUUGUAUUAAGAAAAUAAGAAAAUGCAUUGGUUGGUUUUUACUUUGUUGUUUUAGGUUAAAUUGUGCCAAAAUAAAAAAAAAGUCGUUUUAGUUCAU